UGCAGCACGCCGGGAUUUGGCUCCCCAGCAGCGGUGCUCCCGGGCCUCUGCGAGGCAAGGGGCAGGCGAUGUCUGGGUCACUGCCCUCUCUCCAGGGGUGCUCUACCCUUCCUCCCCCCCUUCCUCCUUCUCUUCCUCCUGCCGCGUUUCUGGCUCCGUCCGGUGAGCGCUGCUGGGAAAGCAACACAACGGGGCCCAUUCAGCUCUCGCUUCUGCCAGGAGAGCAAACACCGGCACAGGAGCUCGGCAGCCGCUGGACGGCGGGGGGGACUCGUUUUCCCCUCUUUCUUCGCUGCCUCUUGAGGUCCAGCUGCAGGUGCCUCAGCCAUGGGGCUGCCCUGGGGGCUCCUCCUGCUCGCGCUGGCACUGGGGAGGUUGGCUGCCGCCCGCUGUCCCACACCCUGUGUCUGUGACAACCUCCGCGCCCAAGUCCUCUGCCUCCAUGGGAACCUGACAGCCAUCCCCGAAGCCAUCCCACAGCUCACCAAAAACCUGGACCUUCGGGGCAACAGCUUCAUGGUCAUCCCGGCGGGAGCCUUUCUCGCCACCCCAUACCUAACACACUUGGACCUGCAGCACUGUAAGGUGGAACGGCUGGAGGAAGGGGCUUUCCGGGGACUGGGGAGGCUGGUCUACCUCAACCUGGCCUCCAAUGGCAUAGCCUUCCUCUACCAGGAGUCCCUGGAUGGGCUGUCCUCCCUCCAGCAGCUCAUCCUGAAGGGGAACCGCAUAGAGGAGAUCCAGCCGGGUGCUUUUGGCCACCUGGGAUCCCUCACUGUCCUCGACCUGAGGGCGAACGCCUUGGUCUACCUCCCAGACAUGGUCUUCCAGGGCCUGCAAGUCCUCAGGUGGCUCCGGCUGUCCCACAACGCCCUCCACGUGCUGGGCAGUGAGGCCUUCGCCGCCCUGCCCGCCCUGCGCAGGCUCAGUCUGGACCACAACGAGCUGCAGGCGCUGCCCAGCGAGGCCCUGGCCAGGCUGGAUGGGGCAACUUGGCUGGACCUGGGCCACAACCCCAUCACCUACAUGGCCGAGGAGGCCCUGGCCAUGGCCUCACUGAAGCACCUCUUCCUGGACCAUGCCGCCCUCCAGGAUGUGGCACCCGAUGCCUUCACACACAGCCCUCAGCUGCGCACGCUGGACCUCCGUGAAAACCAGCUGCAAGGGCUGCCGCCCCUGGCCGGGGCCAGGAGGCUGGAGAGGGUCAGCCUGGUCGGGAACCCCCUGCUUUGCUCCUGCCUCCUGCGCCCCUUCCACCGCUGGCUGGCAAGAGUGCGGGUGCAGGUGGAGGGGGCCUGUGCCGCUCCCCUCGCCCUCCGUGGACGCCCCCUUGACUCCCUCAGGCCCCCCGAGAUGAGAUGUGGCCGCUCCCAGCCAACCCCCAGCCCCACCAUGCCGUCAGAGCAGUCAAGGGUGGCCAGCAGCGGGCACUGCCCCCUGGGGUGCUCCUGCUCCCCGGAUUUCCAUCACGGGUCCUGUGAGAACAGGGACCUGCAGGAGAUUCCUCAGGGCUUCCCCCGGGACACCCGCCUCCUUGACCUGCGCCAAAAUGCCUUUGGGACAGUUCCGCCAGGCGCCUUCCCUGGCCUGAAGGAGCUGGUGUCCCUCCACCUGCAGAGCUGCAGCAUCAGGACACUGCACCCUGGGGCGCUGCAGGGGCUGGAGAGCCUGGUCUACCUCUACCUCACCGACAACCACCUCUCCACCUUGGCAGCCACUGCCUUCAAGGGUGCCCCACAGCUGGCGUACCUUGACCUAGACCGCAACGCCUUCACCCACCUGCCCUCGCACACCUUCCAGCUCCUGCCCAACCUCAUCUCCCUCCACCUGCAGCACAAUGCCAUCGGGGAGCUGGUGGACAGCGACUUGGCCAGGGCAGGGGGGCUGCGCUGGCUCUACCUCGCCGGGAAUGCCAUCCAGCACAUCGCCCCCACUGCCCUGGCUCCCGCCAAGAUGCUGGAGAAGCUGCACCUGGAGGGAAACCACCUGGCAGAGGUGCCCACAGCUGCACUGCAGGGCUUGCCCGCACUGAGCGAGCUGAAGCUGUCCCGCAACCCCAUCAAGCGCCUGGGGGAUGGCGCCUUCCUGCCCGUGGCCUCCAGCCUGCAGCACCUCUACCUGGACAACAUGGGCCUGGAGUGGAUUUCCCCUGGUGCCUUCGCUGGCCUCGGUCCCAAGAUCAGAAGCCUUUACCUGGAGAGCAACAAAAUGAGCAACAUCCCUGACAUGAGCAACUUCACAGGGUUGGAGAUCCUCAACCUGAGGGAUGUGCCUUUCCACUGUGACUGCCAGCUCCUUCCCCUGUGGAGGUGGAUCAACACACUCAACCUCCACAUAGGGGCCACCUGUGGGUCUCCUGCAGAAGCCCAGGGGCUGAAGGUGAAGCUUUCCACCACUUUCCUCACCUGCCCUGGCUGGGGCCGAGGUGAGGCUCGGGGAGCCAGGCCUGACAAGACCAAGGCCGCAGGCAAGCCCAGCAAGAAAAAGAGACCAGGAAAAUCACCAGCCAGGGGCUUCAAGAGGAGCAGAGCUUAGGACGCGUGUCCAGGACACAACAGGGUCGUACCCACAGUCUGGGGAGAGUGGUUUUUCUGCUUGUCCCCACUGCGGUAACAGGGAUAUUGCACAAGGUGCAAAGAAGAGAGCCUGGUGACACCAAAGUGACGCUGAAUUGCCCAAGACAGGGUGUGUUUUUGCAGGACACAGAGGUACGCUACCCUGGAAAGAACUGGUGCAAAAAGCUUUCGUAUUGUUUGCAGCAGGCUUUGGUGACUUGACCAACAAAGCCAAAUCCUUGCUUUUUCUUCUCAAGGCUCCCUCCAGCCAUGUGGAAAAGCUGGAAGCCACAGGUUUGUUUUUGUUUUCAAGAGUGCUGUGCUUCCGCAGCUUCCAGAACGAUUAAAGAGCGGGACUGCAAACAGCACCAAUGCAAGAUCCUGCACUGCCUUGAAUCUCAGAGCAGAAACUUAAAAUUACUCUCAGAGAAAACAUUGCCUGAAUCCCCAGCAGCUCCUCAGAAUUAAAACAUAAGCAGAUUGAAA